UAAUAUAAUAUGCCAGGCAGUGAGUCUCGUGACGUUGACGCGCGCGUGUGUUUACGUUCGUUUAUUGUUGUUGUUCGUCAGCCGUUCUUUUGUUUUUGUUUCCUUCAUAUCCGCGCACACUCUAUUCACAUUAAUUAGUUCCUGGUUUUUCCCCCGUUUUAACCAUUAAUUGUUUUAGUUUUUUUUAUAUAUUUUUCUGAACUUUUUUGCUCUCAAUCGUCGUGCUUAUUGAUCUGAAACUUUUUACUAAUAUUUUAUAUCCAUCGCGUUUCGAACUUGUGCAGGACGCAGAUAAUAUUACAACGAUAGUACUGAGAUUGCUCGGAAUGACUUUGAAGGUGGACGUAUAAGCUGAUCACUUGGACCAAUACCAUAAUAUGAAUUAAAGAAACUUUAUCAAAUUGACAAUCAUGUCACACUAUAAUAAUUUGUUUUUUUAUGCUACGGCGUUGGUACUUGCCCAUUUGUGUACAGUUGAUUCGAUAACUGAGCUCAAAGGAUCUAAUGUUUGUACCAGAAUAGAGUCGUACAAUGUGACUGUCAAUGUGACUGAACUGAAACCAUAUCAAGAACGAGAGUCAUACUUUUGUUUUACAGAUUUCAAACUAAAAUGUUCCAAAUACAGAAUUGUAAUGAGAUCUGUUGUUAAGCAGCAGGUUUUAGAGAAAAAAAAACCUAUUGAAGAUUGUUGUGAUGGAUAUGUUAAGUCAGCUAAUGGAACGCGUUGUAUCCCAGUUUGUAAAUUACCUUGUGAACACGGUACUUGCAUAUCUUCAAACGUUUGUAAAUGUGAUGAAAACUACGGAGGGCCCUAUUGCAAUAAAACAUGUCCACCUGGAAAAUUUGGUGAAUACUGUACUGAGAAUUGCCAGUGUGAAAAUGGAUCACCGUGUGAUCCGUAUGAUGGACGAUGUAAAUGUUUAGCUGGUUGGAUGGGAACUGACUGUUCAGAAAAAUGUUCACCUCACAAUUUUGGUGUGGACUGUGCAGAGGAAUGUCCUUGUAAAAACGGUGCUAUUUGUCAUCACGUGAAUGGAAAAUGCGAUUGUCCUCCAGGAUUUAGGGGUCCACUAUGUGACCAAAUAUGUCCGUCCGGUACUCAUGGAGAUGAGUGUCAAAGCGAAUGCAAAUGUCAGAAUGAAGGUAGUUGUGAUCCCCAAACAGGUCAAUGUGUAUGUUCUUCAGGAUGGAUGGGAUUGGUAUGUGGAGAAAAAUGUGAACCCGGCAAAUGGGGAGUUAACUGCAGUAAAUCAUGUGACUGUUUCAAUGAAGGUAACUGUCAUCAUAUAACUGGAAAAUGUCAAUGUUUGCCUGGAUAUUAUGGCGAAAAAUGCAAAUCUAUUUGUCCAGAAGGAAAAUAUGGCCAAAAUUGUUCGAAAAAUUGUACUUGUACAGAAAACUCAUUUUGCGAUCCUAAACAUGGAAAAUGCAUAUGUGAUAAAGGGUGGAAAGGUGAUAAGUGUAAUAAACGAAUUUGCCCUGAUGGUCUUUUUGGAGAAAAGUGUGACAAAAUAUGUGAAUGUGUUCCUGAUAAUACUAUUUCAUGUCAUCCAUGGACUGGAUUGUGUUCAUGUGUAGCUGGUUGGGAUGGCCCAACUUGCUCUAGAACAUGUUCUUUAUACACUUUUGGCGAAGGAUGCCGAAGAAAAUGUAUUUGCAAUAAUAACGCCCAAUGUUUGGCAAAUAAUGGAACCUGUGUAUGUGGUCCUGGUUAUCGUGGAAUCUCAUGUAACGAAACCUGUCCCCAAGGUACGUUUGGGGAGAAUUGUUCUAAUCAUUGUCAGUGUAAUAAUGGUGCAAAAUGUUCCCCGGAAACGGGAAUGUGUUUAUGCCCAGCCGGAUGGAGAGGGCAGCAAUGUGAUUUACCUUGUGAAAAAUCGUUUUACGGUGAAAACUGUAAAAAUGAAUGCCAAUGUAAAAAUGAUGCGGCAUGUAGUCCAAUCGAUGGUUCUUGUACUUGUCAACCUGGAUUUACGGGUGAUAUGUGUGACGAGUCUUGCAAACCUGGAUCGUACGGCAGAAAUUGCAGUCAAAUUUGCAAUUGUGAGUGGAGCAAUACGGUAUCGUGCGACCCGGUAUCCGGUGAAUGUAAAUGCAAGGAAGGAUGGAAUGGUGUGAAAUGCGAGACAGUCUGUCUAAAUGGGAUGUACGGCGACGAAUGUCAGGAAGAAUGCAAUUGUGAGAACGAUAGUUCGUGUGACUUAAAUACUGCUAAGUGCACGUGUUCCCGUGGAUGGGAAGGACCCAAAUGCAAUGUACCAUGCCAACCUGGAACCUAUGGUUUCGGUUGCAAAGAAAAAUGUCCAGAAAGGCAUUCAGACGAUAACUUGUCGUGUGACCAUGUGACUGGAGAAUUCAAAUGUCGACCAGGUUAUAUUGGGCCUAUAUGUCAACACACUUGCCCAGCUAAGUCUUAUGGUGAGGGAUGCUUGAAGACAUGUGACUGUGGGUAUGGUGAUUGCCAUCAUGUCACAGGUGUGUGCCACUGUUAUCCUGGUUGGACAGGCUCCAACUGUACUCAAACAUGUCCAGCCGGUUCGUACGGUAUAAAUUGUGGACUCCGAUGCAAAUGUCAGAACGGCGGUACAUGUCGGCCUAUGGAUGGCAUGUGCCAUUGUGAGCGGGGAUUCACCGGCCCUACUUGUAAUGAAGUGUGCCCUGAUCAAUACUAUGGAGAACACUGCAUGAAAAUAUGCAACUGUCCCAGUGAUAAAUUCAUUUGUCAUGCCAUCAAUGGUUGUGUGUGCAGACAAGGAUACACAGGUGACAACUGUGAUGAACCAUUAUCUGAUCGAAGAGUUGGUUCUGCAGAUACUGAAAAGAGUUCUUCAGGAACGUUUGCUGGAAUGUUUGUUACUAUCAUAUUAUUAUCAGCAAUAAUAAUGUUGUUCUUGUACUACCGUAAACGUGUUGCUACUUUAAAGACUGUUAUUGCACAUGUUCAAUAUGGAGCUGAUCCGCUGAGCUUAGAUCAAGAUCGAUUCCAUUUCGACAAUCCUGUUUAUUCCUUUGGACAGAAUAAUUCCUCAAUAGGAACAGUUGAAGAACAACAAACAUUAAAUAAUUAUCAAAUAAAAAAUAACUUGAAUAAAUCUAAUAAUUUAAUGAAAGCUAGUUGCUCGUCAUCAGUAAUGAACAACAGUGAUAUUUAUGGUGAGCCGUCUUCCAGCAUGUCAUCUUUGAAAAAUAGAGAGGCUGAUCUAAACAACCCCAAUAUUUAUCAUAGUUUGGACGACAUUAAAUCAGAGAAUCUCUAUGAUGAAAUUGAAGACAAAAAAUUAGCAGCAGCAGAACAAGAUUAUGAUCAUCUGGACUAUCAGAGACCUAAUGGUACAUGGAAACCUCAUUAUCAACGUAUGUCAGGGAAUUUAAAAGCUGAUAGUAAGAAGAACAUAAACAUAGAUUGAAACAUAAAGAACUAAAAUUAAUCUUGCCAAAUUGUUCAAGAAGUCAUAGGUUAUUGUCCUUUUUAAAGUUUUUAGACAAUACUAGUUGUCUUUAAUUUAUUAUUAUCCUUUAUUUCUUUUUUGAUAAAUUUAUAUACGUUUUAUUAAAAUACCUAGUAAUAAUAAAUAUAUUAUGUAUACUUGUGUGCUAGAUAUUAUUUCUACUAAAUUCAUAAAUUUUAUUAUUGAGGUACUCUGUGAUAUUU